GGCAGUGUUCAAGUAUGAUGGGAGCCAAGUCAUAGUGUCUGCAAAGGGCGAGACAUUUGAUGACUUUAAGGCACAGUUUGGUGACGAUGAGAGAGCUUUUGCAUACAUUCGCCUGCAGACAGGAGACGAGAUGAGCAAGCGGUCAAAGUUCCUAUUGGUGACCUGGGUAGGGACAGAGGUGUCUCCAAUAAAGAAAGCAAAGAUGUCUACAGACAAGGCUCUUGUAAAAGAAGUUUUGUCAAACUUUGCAGUGGAGUUGACAUUGGAGAGUGCUAAUGAACUGAAUCAUGAAGCCUUCCUCCAGGAACUAGUGAAGGCAGGUGGUGCAAAUUAUGGCACUGGUAUUCGUGAAUAGAAGUAUAAUUAUAUUUUGUAAGAUAAGAAUUAACUGGAAAGUUUUUCUUGCAUUUGGCACAACUUGGAGGCUGAAGGUUAAAUAAUUUUAUGACUCCUAGUCUUUUUAAUCUUCUGAUAAAGCAUUUCAUAGCCUUUUAUAAGAGAUGUCUAAGAUACUAAGUGUACCAAAUCACGUAACUUUCAUACACGUACAGAAAACCCAGAUAACUUAGUCUAUUGUAAUGUUUUGUCUUGCAACUAACACUGCUUAUGUAUCAUGGCACAAUUGGAUAGGACCUAGCAUUUUUUGGCUUUAUAUAAUCUUGCCAUAAUCCUGUUUACUAAAUUUUAAUCUAAAUUAUUGGAUCAAAUCAAAUUGUAUCCAGCAUGUGGGAUAGGCAAACAAAUAGCAUACUUUAAAUGUUGGAAUGUUCCUUUUAAUAAAGAUUUCAUUAGUUUUUAUUGUUUUUUAAAUUAAAAGCAUUUCUAGAGAUUUAGAAACAAAAAAAAUUAAGCUUGGAGGCAUUGAAGAUUUUUAAUUAGUUUAGAUUUAUUUAAAUUUUGUACCAUAUUUGUUGGCUAUACAUUAUCCUGGAUUGGGUUCUGUAUUUGUCAUACAGUGUAAUAAAAAAAUAAAGAAA